AUGCGUUAUGCAGAUCUUGCAUUUCUUUAUAUUUAUACUUCAUGGAAUACUUUAAUACUUAGUGAUUCUCAACAUGAAAGCGUCACAGAUCAAUCUCCUCUUCUUGACGAUGAAUCCGAAGAAAUAGAGAUUGAAGAUGAGGGAGAUAUGCAACAUGGACAUGCUAGUUAUUCUUCUUGUGCAAUUAAUCUUUCCAAUACAAUUCUUGGUACCGGAAUCAUGAUGAUUUUUUAUGCAGCUGCUACUUCUGGUUUAGGACUUUACUUUUUAUCUCGUGCCGCUACUCAUACUAAAGGACGCAAUGCAUCUUUUUUCGCAAUUUCAAAAUUAACUUAUCCCAAAGCUGCAACAUUUUUUGAUUUGGCAAUUGCCAUAAAAUGUUUUGGAGUUUCUAUCUCUUAUCUUAUAAUUAUUGGUCAAUUAAUGCCUCAAGUAAUUGAAUCAAUAUUUGGUAGUGAACAAAAUACAAUAUUUUUAGAUCGUCGAUUUUGGAUAACUUUAUCCAUGAUUAUAAUUGUACCUUUGUCAUUUCUAAAAAGAUUGGAUUCAUUAAGACAUACAAGUUUAAUCGCUUUGUUCGCAGUAAUUUAUUUAAUGUUUAUAGUUAUUUAUAAUUUCUUGGGACCUGAUUAUAAAGCGCCACCGAAGGAUAAAUUACAUUUAUUUAAUUUUACAAAAAAAUUUUUGAUCAAUUUGCCAAUUUUUGUAUUUUCAUUUACUUGUCAUCAAAAUAUUUUUUCUGUCCAUAAUGAACUUGAAGACAAUAGCCAAGGCAAUAUCAAUGGUGUAAUCGUGGGUUCUAUUGGUACAACAUCGAUUAUCUAUCAAAUAAUUGGAAUAUUAGGAUAUCUUAGUUUUGGAGAUGAUGUGUCGGCUAAUAUUAUUGCAAUGUUUACAAUAGGUCGUGCUGCCAUCGUAAUUUUAGUACUUUUUUCUUAUGCACUUCAAAGCCAUCCUGCUCGGGCUUGUUUAGAUAAAGUAAUCUCAUCACGUUCACACACCGUAAUUUCACAUGAAUUUUCACAAACAAAAUACAUUCUUUUAACAUCUGGGAUUUUAAUAAGCAGUUAUAUAAUAGGAAUGCUUGUAUCGGAAUUAGAUCUUGUACUUUCGUUUGUUGGUGCAACAGGUUCAACUACAGUUUCAUUCAUUUUACCUGGACUUUUUUAUUAUAAACUUCAUGAAAAUUCUCAAUGGGAUAUUAGAAAAAUUUUAUCCAUAUUUUUAGUAAUUUAUGGAUUUUCAGUAAUGUUUAUAUGUUUAUCAUUAAAUAUUUUACGAGUUUUAACUAGAGGUUAG